AUGAAGGAAACCGGAGACGUAGGGCUGGUAGGUGAGCUUGCCAAGGGCCGGCAGAAGACCAUUUGGACCCGUGCGGCCUCUUCUCUCACCUGCGGCGCUCUCCACAAGACGCUGCUCACCGUAACAACGCUCAAGGGGAACGAGUCGACGAAAAGGAAGCGAGACACGAUCAAGCAGCUGCUCGUCUCGUGUCAGAAAGAAGAGGCUCGCUACAUCAUCCGAAUCCUGCAGGGGAAUCUCCGAAUAGGGGUGCUUGAGAAAACCUUGUAUGUCGCGCUAGCCCAUGCGCUGUUCAUUGAGAAGCGAAGCAGCAGCAACAGCACGCAGACAGCGAGCUGGCCCUCCAAGGAAGAGUUUAAGAGCGUAGCCAAGUUGGUCACGCGUGCCUUCAACGAGAUGCCCUGCUACGACUCGAUCAUCCCGCUCCUUCUCGAGAAGGAGAACCUGCUCGACCUUUCUCACGAGCAUCUCCUGAUACCAGGCAACCCCCCCCCACCGCCCAGACCACCCGAGGCGGCAGCUUUCAUGGCGACCUUACCUUCAUCCAACGCUUACGCAACCUUUUGUUCGCCAGGCACACCCGUGAAGCCAAUGCUAAGCAGUCCGAGCAGUGGACCAGAAGACAUCGUAGCUCGGUUCGGCGCUGGCGUGCAGUUCCUUUGUGAGUACAAAUAUGACGGCGAGCGCGCCCAGAUACACAAAGUCGGGGACAACAAGUACGCCGUAUAUUCAAGGAGGCUCGAGGACCACACUUCCAAGUUUCCCGACCUGAUCGCCUGCCUGCCUCAGUACGAAAAAGAAACGACACAGAGCUACAUCAUCGGUCAGUACCUCCUCCUGCUCUGUCAAGAUGGCGAAAUCGUGGCCUACGAUCGGGAGAGCAAGAAGAUUCUCCCCUUCCAAACUCUCACGACUCGGGCUAGAAAGAAUGUGGACCUCGACGCCAUCAAAGUGCAGGUUUGCUUUUACGCUUUCGAUAUACUCUACAUCAACAAGGAGGUGCUCGUCAACCUGCCGCUGGUUGAGCGAAGGAAGCGGUUGGAGAGUGAGUUUGUCCCAGUGGAUGGCGGCUUUCAGAUGGCUACUUCUCAGCUUGCUGCCACGGCGGAAGAGCUCUCGGCCCACUUCGAUAGUUCCCUCCAGCAGGCCCACAUAGAAGGUCUUGUGGUGAAGCUCUGGACCGAGGCUACUGCUACGUAUGAGCUUGGCAAACGCUCACUCAAGUGGCUCAAGCUGAAGCGCGACUACUUGGAGGGGUGCGCGGACACACUCGAUCUGGUGGUGAUGGGCGGAUUCUAUGGACGAGGAAAGAGAGCCGGCGUCUUCGGGUCGUACCUCCUUGGCGUAUGGGAUCCCGAAAAUGAGGAGUAUCAAGCCACUUGCAAGUGCAUGACUGGGUUUAGCGACGAGUUCCUGCUCGCAACGGCCAAGUACCUCAAUGAAGGCGACAACCUCUUGGCCAAGCCGCUCUCCUACUACCGUUACGGAGCCGAACCGGACGUGUGGUUCAAGCCGACCCUUGUGUGGGAGGUGCACGCCGCAGGAAUAUCCCUGUCCCCGACCUACCCGGCUGCCGCCCACCUGUUGGACGGUCGAGGCUUGUCGCUUCGGUUUCCGCGGUUCAAGCGCGAGCGGACCGACAAGAAGCCAGAGGACGCUUCACCACCCGAAACGGCACGCACCCACAACCAUGCAGUACAACACCCAACAACCAGCACCUCACCGUGUUCUCCAGGUACUCGAAUUAUACGCGAAGCACGCGGAGGGCACAAGAUACUAGCGGUGCAAUCUCCGAGCUUGUCUUGCUUGUCCGUGGCGACGCCCUAUUGGUUCGUGCAAUAUGGUAAUUCUUACAGCCAAUCUACUGCAAGUAGGCGACCUUAG